UGUUUCAUUUGUUUCCGUUAUCAAAUUCUUGUUAUGAAUAAAAAAGAUGUAUUUCAAGAUUACCCAAACAGACAAUCGUGGCCGGAAUCGUUCGAACAGGCCACGCAGUCCCACCAGCUCCUGCUGGUGUACAUCAAUACCUUCGUUGGGGCCACCAUUGCCGAGCUCUUUUCCUACCCGCUGGACGUGACCAAGACGCGUUUACAUUUGCAGGGCGAGGCAGCGGAUAAGUUAGCCGCCAGCAAACCCAAACGUGGCAUGUUCGGCACACUGUUUGGAAUGAUGCGUGAGGAGGGAUUUCGUGGCACCUACGGUGGCCUGUCGGCAAUGGUGAUCCGUAACCUGCUGUUCAAUGCUCCCCGUGUCGUAGCCUACGACUAUGUGCGUCACCAGUUGAUCUAUGUGGAUGAAAAUGGCAAGGAGGUGCUGUCCAUGAUGCGUGGCUUUCUUGCCGGCUGCCUGGCCGGCUGCAUGUGCCAGGCAAUUGCCAAUCCGCUGGACAUAGUCAAGAUACGCAUGCAAAUGGAGGGCAGACAGCGCUCGCUCGGCUAUCCAGUGCGGGUUAGCAAUGUGAAGCAGGCGCUGGAGUCCAUCUAUGCCCAGGGUGGUCUGAAGACCUUGUGGAAGGGCGUGGGGCCAAGCUGUCUGCGGGCCACGCUCAUGACAGCCGGCGACACGGCCUGCUAUGAUCUUAGCAAGCGCCACUUAAUUGCCUUGCUGCACUUGGAAGAUGGACGCGUUUUACAGUUCCUGGCAUCAGUGUCCGCCGGCUUGGCAGCCAGCAUACUGAGCACACCCGCCGAUGUGGUCAAGUCGCGCAUCAUAAACCAGCCGUACAAUGACGAGGGCCAAGGCCUACACUACAAGAACGCAUUCGACUGUUACCACAAGCUGAUUACACAGGAGGGCUUCUUUGCCAUGUAUAAGGGUUUUUUGCCCUGCUGGUUGCGCAUUGGACCCUGGUCGAUUAUAUUUUGGAUUGCGUUCGAGCAAUUACGCCGUGUACAGGGACAGACCGGAUUCUAAAUGAAUAUACCCCAGAUUUAGGUAAAAUGCAGAUGUAAAUGUAGUAUUUCUGUCAAAAACCUAUUCAAAAUUUUAAAAAAUGUCAAUUGCUUUUAUAAUCGAGUGUUAUUUCUCUAAAAAAC